AUGGAGAUUGCAUUCAAGGCUUCACCUUUGAAAAUGAAAGCUCCCAUUGUCAAUUUCGUCAACCGAAUAAAGAAGCUUGGAAAAGACGAUCCGAGAAGAAUCGUGCACUCGUUCAAGGUGGCAUUAGCAAUCACGUUGGUCUCCAUGGUUUACUAUCUAAGACCAUUAUAUAAAGGCAUGGGGGAGGCAGGCAUCUGGGCUAUCUUGACGGUGGUGGUGGUGUUUGAGUACACAGCCGGUGCAACCUUAUGCAAGGGUAUGAAUAGAGGUUUAGCCACUUUACUGGCUGGUGCACUUGGACUCGGGGCUGAAUACUUGGCUAGCCUAUUCGGACCCAAGGUUGAACCCAUUGUUCUUGGAUGCUUUGUCUUUCUUCUAGUCGCGGCUGCCACCUUUUCAAGAUUUAUUCCUCACAUAAAAAGGAGGUAUGAUUAUGGGGUGCUGAUAUUUAUCCUCACAUUCAGUUUGGUAGCAGUGUCCGGAUACCGUGUUGAUAAAAUCAUAGAGCUGGCACACCAACGUCUAUCGACGAUCAUCUUAGGUGGUGCGACCUGUAUAAUUAUCUCCAUAUGUGUUUGCCCUGUAUGGGCUGGGGAAGAUCUUCAUAACCUUAUUGUUUCCAACUUGGAAAAGCUUGCUAGCUUCUUAGACGGAUUUGGAGGAGAGAUUUUCGAUCUUCCACUGGAUGGAGAUAGUGCUGAUAUAUCUAAUGAACAAGACAAAUCAUCUCUUGCAGCUUACAAAAGUGUUCUUAACUCUAAAGCCACUGAGGAAUCCCUGGCAAAUUUUGCAUGGUGGGAACCAGGACAUGGUAAAUUUGGGUUUAGCCAUCCAUGGAAACAGUACUUGAAGAUUGGGGUUGUUACGCGGCAGUGUGCAUACCAUAUUGAAGCUCUAAAUGGAUAUCUUGAUCCAAAGUUCCAAGGAUCAUCAGAGUUCCGAAAAAUAGUUCAAGAACCAUGCAUGAAAAUGAGCUCGGAAGCCGGAAAAGCUUUGAAAGAGUUAGCAGUAUCAAUAAAAUCCUUCUCAUAUCCUUGUAAUUUUGCUAUGCACAUACAAAGCUGUACAACGGCGGUAAACGAAGUGAAUACUACGUUGCAAGCUUCAAUGGUAGGAGAAUGGGAGGUUCUUGAAAUAAUACCCAUUAUCACAGUUAUUUCGAUACUAAUUGACAUCAUUAAAUGUGUUGAAACAAUCUUUUUGGCCAUUGAAGAACUCUCCGAACAAGCCCACUUCAAAAAGUCAUUGAACGAAAAUGAAAAACCGCAGCUUCUUCAUGGCGACGAACGACAAGACAAAGGAUUUGUUACUGUAAUUAUACACAAUAUGGCUUCAGCAUCACCGGCAAUGAAGGACUCUCGAGGAUAA